AUGAUCAUCUGUAAAUUUUGCCGGACUACAGUCCUUGAGUCUGGGAAACUAUGGGACUAUCACCACCAAGACUCCGACUCAUUCAAGGGCUCGCUGCGAUCUCAAUGCGUCUUUUGCAAGAGACUGGCUGAAGGCCUCGGUGAGAUCAAUCCUUGGUUUGACCAUGACCUCAAGACCAAAUCCCUCUUUCGAUGGAACAUGCGGCAGGUCGCUCAGAUCCGUGAGACAAAGAGCCAUGUCUCUGUCACAUUUCGACCGGUGCCAGGCCGCGCUUGUGGGGAUGUGAAGAGCGAUGAUCUGCCAGAAGUCACAUUUUAUCUCUUCCCCGAAGAAGACUUGGGGGAUAUUCCCGAGCAGCACGAACUCGGAAACCGAACAGACUCGGAUGCGUCCAAAACCCAAAUGAUAGACUGGAUGCAAGACUGCAUCGCCAACCACCCAAAAUGCAUCCGAAGCCAUAGCAUCAAGUCCUUCAUUCCAACCCGUGUCCUCGACGUCGGUCCACCAAAUACCAAUACCAACGACGCAACCCCACCUUCUCACAUCCGCGUGAUCGAUUCCACAAAAGAACCCAUCACCGGCCCCUACAUGACCCUCUCCCACUGCUGGGGUACAGGAUCCUUCAUCCGCCUCACAGAAACGAAUGUCGACGAGUACACCACUAACGGCAUCCCCUGGGCAGAACUCGAGGCCAGCAACGCGAACUUUGUCGACGCGGUGCGCGUUGUUCGCACGCUGGGGAUGAGGUACAUCUGGAUUGACUCGCUUUGUAUCAUCCAGGGACAGCAGCACGGCGAAGACUGGAACCACGAGGCGCCCUUGAUGCAUAAAGUCUACCGCAACUCAUGGUGUAACCUCGCGGCGGCAGACUCAAAGGAUCAUACGCGUGGGUUGUUUAGGGAGAGGACGGCGGAGGUGGUGCCUGUGAGGUGCGAGAGCCAAGAACCAUCCGUGACGUUUGGGGAUAAGGUGUGGAGGAUUUUGCCUGCGGAUUUAUGGGACCGAGAUCUCUUGGGGAGUCAUCUGUACACUCGUGGCUGGGUAUUUCAAGAACGCAUGCUCUCCCCCCGCCUGCUUCAAUUCACUUCAACCCAACUCUUUUGGGACUGCGCAACCCUCACCGCAACCGAAUCCCUCCCCGAUGGCUUGGCCCCACCCCUCGAUACCAAAUCCGCCACCGACAGACACUGGCGCGAACGACUGCAAUCCUCCGCCCUCUCCGUCCGGCCCCUCGCCGGCACAGCCGAGGACUCACUCGAGGAGUUCUGGAAGAGCGCAGUGGCGGCCUACACGAGCUGCGACCUCACCUACGGCAAGGAUAAACUCGCCGCGCUGUGGGGUAUCGCGAAGCUACUGCGGGACGCGCUGGGCGAGGAGUACGCUGCAGGGUUGUGGGGGAUUAAUCUCGCGGAGCAGCUCGCGUGGCGGGUCGUUGAUUGUUCUACCGCGGAGAGGUACGGUGAGAAGGAGAAUGUCGUGGUUCCUGGGGGUCAGGCGGUCGGGAAUCCGAGUUGGUCGUGGACUUCAUUGAAGGGGGAGGUGGAGGUUGCGGGUAGGGUGCCGAGAUUGCCUAGAUUUUACACUGCUUGCGACCAUGGGGGUGGGAACGCGAGGUUUCAAAUCAAGAAGCCGCUUUUUGGGAGGUUUGAGGGGGAGCAUUCGACGGUGUGGCGGGAAGAGGUUGUGAAUAUGACGAGGAAGCUGAAUCGGGCUUCGGAGAGGGUGUCCGAGAAGGCUAGGGUGAGUGGUGUUACUACGAUUACUCCCAUUGUUGAGGAUAUCGCGGAAGAAGAGGUUGGGAAGGACGGGACGCCGAAGGUGGCGACGCAGCCGGAAACGAAGAGGGGAUUUGCUAUGGAUAAGCCCUCGGAGCUUCUAUCUGCUUCCCUACGUAUUCAGGCGCAUUUGUGCCGGGGGACACUCGAGGCAUCUGGGGCAGGUCACUGGACGUUCACGUUCCCGGGACUGAACCAGAGCGACGCGCUCAUCGAGGCCUAUCCCGACAUCCAGCCCACAGUGAACAGCAUGUCUUGCGAGAUGCUCUUGCUCGCUGCGUCAAAGUUGCUGCAGAAUAAAUGGGGUCAUUGGUUCCUGGAUGAUGGAUAUGUCGAAGACGAGGAUAUUGCCGAAGUCAAUUACUCCGGGACGGGGAUUCUUGUGGAGAGGGUUGGGGAAGGACGGUAUAAGCGGGUUGGCGCUGUUGUGUUUCGGCAGGUGAAGGGAGAGAGUUGGGCUUGUUUGCGGCAGGCUUGUGGGAGUGGUGGGAUGAUGUUGGAGGAUGAGCUCCAGGCUGAGGAUGGUGAGAAGAUUUGGCUUGAAUAG